CCCAGUGCUGUCUAACUGCGUGCCUACCAGUACUACGCACCGGGGCGCCCUGCGGCUGCUACCGAGAAGCAUCAGGUCCGCAGAGCCUGCUUGAGAGUCCGCGCGAAGAGCAUCGGCAGUUCUUACACGCCGCUUGGAGCACUUCUGUUGGAAGAAACCAUCCCUUCCCUCUCUGGUCCGUGAAACAGAAGCUCCCACUCACAAGGCUUCUGAAGAGAACAUCGCCUUCUCCCAGCUUCCUCAUCCCGGUUCUCCCCACCCUGAAGGAGCCGCUCACUGUCACCAAUUCAGGGCUGUGCUGCCCGCCCACGGGCCGGCCAGCAUUCAGGAGGGGGCGGUGAGUGGGGAGGCAGCCAGGUUUCAUUAACGUAGCUAGCUGAUCAGGAAAAUGGCCCGAGCCCUGUCUGAGUGGCCACUUCACAAAAGGUAGGUCCUGGGCCGGGGUUUUCUGAGGGAGGUGAGGGACGGGGCAGGAAGGCCGUGCGGGUUGUGCAUCCUCAGGGCCGUUCCUCUUGGUGCUGCUCUCCUCUGUGUAACCACGUUAUGUCCAGGCAAGUUAAGCAUUCUUCUUCUUUCACUUAGACAGCAGGACUCGCAAAUCUUCGGCGCACACUGUGAUCCCUUUGGAAGCCUCCCAGCUGUUCUGCGUUCUGAAAAACUAAGGUCGCUGAUCAGGAGGUCUGGCAACCAGUGUUUUCCCCUUAGUUCCCUUCUCUUAGGAUAGUUGACUCUGAGAGGUAAUAUCUCACCAUUUAGAAUGUUGUUUGCUUGCUUUUUCUCUUCCUUUUAUUAGUUACAGUGCGGGGCAAAACAAAAAAGAAUGACUUUACAAGGUGCAGUUUUGCAGAGUGGAGCUAGUUUUGAAUAGGGUGCUGAAAAACAAAUCAGCACAGCCAUUAGUGCCCCUUGCAAAGUGCUGCUCACCCUCAUCCUCUCGUCCUGUACCCCACUCCACCCUCAUACCCUGCACCCACAUACCCUGCUCCCCGGGAGGCCUGAGUCCAGCGUUAGGAAGUCCGGCAAUGCAUCUUGAUCUGUGGACUCUCGUCAAAGCCCAGGCGUUGGUCUCCACCUAUUUGAUCUUGUGUUCAUUUCUUGGUAGGCUCUGCAUGGUCAUUCAUUCACUCGUUCACUUAUUUGUACAGAGUCUCACUAUGUAGCCCAGGCUGGCCUCAAAUUCACCGUGAUCGUUGUCUCUCACCUCCUCCGAGGGCCGGGAUGACAGCAGACGUGCCACUACAUCAGGCUUGAGGCAGGAGACCAGGGUGUGGCCAGCUGGCUGAGCAGGUGGGUGUAACCAGUCACCGCAGAGAUCUGGAACGCGUAUGCGGAACACAGUUCCCCGGCCCUGCACCUGGGACCAGUCAGAAAGUGCUGUCUUCAGUUCUUCUGGCACAAAAUCAAGCAGGUUUUUGACAGGAUGGCCCGAUGUGAUGUAGCCUGAAGAAUGAGGGGUACAAAAGACUUCUGCCUUUACCCUGUGAGCCUCACUGGCCCGCUCUCACCUGCAGAAUGUACUUCUUUCCUACCUUUAGUAAAUGUAACACCGCACUGCC